AUGGCAAAUAACAACGGCAAUAACAAUCUACAUGGCUAUGUUGCUCUGGGUUGGGAGAGUGUUCGCUCUGUUUUCGACCAAAAUUUAGUUGAAGGACUUGAUAUUGGGGCAAGUUUAUGUGUUUAUCAUCAGGGACAAUGUGUUGUCGACUUGUACGGCGGCUGGAAAGAUAUACAAAGGAAUAAAGAACCAUAUACAUCGGAUACAUUGCAAUUGGUUUUCUCAGUAUCAAAAGGUGUUAUGGCUGCAGCGAUAGCAUUAUGUGUAGAAAAAGGUUGGCUUGACUAUGAUAAACCUGUUGCACAAUAUUGGCCAGAAUUUGCUGCCAAUGGAAAACAGGUACGGCAUAUUCGAAGAGUAGUACUACUAGAUGAUAAUAUCUUUCUUCUUAAGAAUAUAACAGUAAGUGAUGUAUUAUCACAUCGAGCUGGUUUGCCAUAUGUUGAUGAAAAAUUAACCCUCGACGAUGUAUGUAAUUGGUCUCGAAUAACUUCUCUAUUGGCAGCUCAAAAGCCACAUUGGGAACCUGGAACCACACAUGGGUAUCAUCCAGUUACGAGUGGUUUUCUUGGUGGUGAACUGGUUCGUCGUGUCGAUCCUCAUCAUCGUUCCUUUGGUCAAUUCGUUCAUGAUGAAAUAGAUAGUGAAUUUUACGUGGGUAUAUCCAAUGAUGAGAUUGAAGCACGUGUUGCUCCUCUUUUUCGACAGGUACAUACUCAGCUGCUGAAAAACAGAACGAAAUUAGUUUUUCUUAACCAAUAA